UGUGUGCUGUCUCAUCACUCCCUGCUCAUCAGUACCAUUUGGUUUAUGAACUAAAGACCAUGAAUGAAGCUCAGAGCUACUGCAGAGAAAAAUACACAGACCUGGCCACUAUAGACAACAUGGAGGACGUGAACCUCUUGACCUCCAUGGUGGAUUUGAGCAAAAUGGUCUACCCAACAUACAGCUAUUUAGCCUGGAUAGGUCUGUACGACGAUGUGAACAGCUGGAGGUGGUCGCUGUCAGACAGAAGUUUCUACACACAGGAGGAGGCUGACUUCAGGAACUGGGCCUCUGGAGAACCAGACAAUUACAUAAGUAGAGAACACUGCGGACAGAUGAAAGAUGAUGGAGAGUGGAGCGAUACAGGUUGUGAGACCCUCCGUACAGUCAGUCUGCAUGGAUGUCAGAGGGUCAAAUGUCACAUUUGUCUUCAUCAACAAUCUCAUGACAUGGACUGAAGCUCAGAGCUACUGCAGAGCAAACCACACAGACCUGGCCAGUGUGAGAAACAUGGAGGAAAACCAGAAGAUAAUGGAGCUGCUACCUUCAAGACAAGAUAUCUGGAUCGGCUUUUUCAG